AUGUCCAGCCCCACGGGUCAAGCAUUCAGCGGAUACUCGCUGUGGCUCGUCCCGCCCGAGCCGGUUGCCGCGAGCUUUGCAGCAACCAUCGUGGAAGCGUCGGCCGAAGUCAACACACCGCCGUUCCCGCCGCACGUUACUCUGCUCGGCGGACUGCCGGAGAGUGUGACCGAAGCUGAUGCCCGCCGUGGAUGCGAGGCCAUUGCAGCUGCUGUUGGACCGUAUGAGAUGGUGGUCACCGGAGUCGAUGUUCUGCCAGACUCGAUGUUCCGCUGCGUCUUUCUCCGCAUCGAUCCCACCGCCGACGUCCUUGCGGCCUUUGAGACGGCCAAGACGGCUCUUGCCGUCGCCGACGUCGACAAGUACGCCGGCUACAUGCCGCACCUCUCGCUUGUUUACGCAGACAUCGAUCUUGAGAGCCGCGAGCGCAUGGCUGCGGCCAUCGGGCCCAAGCACGAUGGCGAGUCGUUCACCGUCUCGCGCCUCGAGCUGUGGGACACUGCCGGCGUCCAUUCCGAGUGGUCCAUGGUUGCCGCCUACGAGCUGGCCGGUGGUAGCGGCGACAAGUAAAUCAUACACAGCUCGC